AUGCAGAUUCUGGCUGAUGCGGGCCGUUCCCGCUUGGUGAGUAUUGAAGCACUCAAUGCUGCCAUCACCUGCUGCAGCAGUGGGACUUGGCAGGGGUCGCUGGCGCUGCUCAGCACAGCGAGUAUUAUGUCACUAAGGCAUUCGCUGGUAACUGCAGGAGCGGCAAUAAAAGUUGCAGGAGCACAAAGCGCACAUGGAUCACUGGCCGAGCAGUCCAAUUGGCACAACGCGCUGCAUCGCCUAUGCCGCAUGCGCCAGCACAGCAUGAUCCCCAACAUCAGGCACCACAACGCAAUUCUAUCUUGUUCGCUCUCUUGGUCGACAGCACUCUGCAUUUUCAAUUCCGUCUUGAAUUAUGAAUUAGAACCCACAGAAUUCACGAGUAGCCUGCUCAUGAAGAAGCUGGAGACCAACUGGCCCUUGGCAAUCCACAGCUUCCUUUCGAUGCAGCGCCUGCGCUUGGAGCAUGAUGCCAUUAGCGGAAAUGCAGCACUAAGGGCCGCCGGCGCCGGCAAUCAUCGCCGCGUGUCCCGCGAAUUCUUGCAGCAUCUGAUCAGUGCAGGAGUUCCAGUGGACUCUGCUACUUGCAGUUCCGCCGGCAGUGCUUUGGAUUCAGAGCGGAUUUGGGAUUUGCUGCAAGAUGUGCGUGCAUCGGUUGUGCAACCCGACCUUGGGGCCUACACGUCGGUUUUGGGAGCUUUUGACAACGAUGGUCGCUGGGAGGCGGCUCUAGGAGUUUUGCGAUCAAUGGCCAUGGACGGGGUCCAGGCAGGCCUAAAUCCAUAUGCAGCCGCACAAAGUGCAUGUGAAAGAUGCCGGCAGUGGAUGGAAGUGGUGGAUCUGAUUCGGGCUUUGAAGGGCUCGAGCGCGCAGCUGGAUCUCGUUGUCCGUUCGGCGGCCGUCUCUGCUCCGCAAACAGGCGGGAGCUGGCGCAUUGCCUUGCAGAGCUUCUGCCAGCUCGCCCUGGAGACCCUGGCCCCGGACGUCGUGUCUCAUGGAGCUGUUCUCAGCGCAGCAGAGGCCGGACAUCAGUGGCACUCUGCGAUCUCCGCCCUCUGGAGCUGGAGCCGCCAGUUCUUGAAACCGGACGUCAUAUCAUGCAAUUCGGCAGUGAGUGCCUGCGAAAAGGCGAAGUCCUGGGCAACAGCUGUCAAUAUCGUUACCCAAGACAUGGCGUGGUGUCGAAUUUUGCCUGAUGCCAUUAGUUGUAGCUCUGCCAUCCUGGCAUGCACGGACACGAGCUGCUGGGGGCAGGGGCUCCUCAUGGUCUCGUUCGCACAGCAGCAAGACAUCACGCCACAGGUAGGCAGUUUCGGCGCGCUACUCACAGAGUGUGAGCGUGCCAGUCCUUCUUUGGUCGCUUGCCAGCAGGAGCUCCUCAGUGGAUCCUUGCGGGCGGCCGGACUGGACCAAAUCCUGCCAGAGCAGAGAAAAGUGCCAGUGCCACGUCGCAAACUACGCUUCGUGGAGCUCUGCUGUCCUCAGGAUGACCGGCACCACACUUUGCGACGGGACUUCGGAAAAUUUGAUGAGAAGAGAUUCAAUGAAUUCCGGACCUUCAUCACUGACGACGAGCAGAAUCGCGGUGGAGCAAACCGUCAGACAGACUUCUUCCGUCUGGUCUACAGACAAUUGAAGGCGGUGGCUGCUUUUCCAGUCCAGGAGAACUUUGCAGCAGCCGUUCUGGCAGCGUCCAAAGCGCAGGAGAAUCUGAAGCAACCCGGACUCAGUGACCAAGACAUUGCUGUGGUCCAGCGUGAACAAGAGCUUCUCGAGGGCGGCGCUCGGUGGAUCUGUCUCAUGCUCAAGGUCCAGGCCGUGGCCCCCGGUUUGUUUCCCAAGAAGCCGCCAGGGUCACAGAUAGCACUUGAUGCUCCCGCCUGGAGAAGGCGUCGCUGUUCUAUUCUCUAG